AUGGGUAAAACAAAAACACCUUUAUGUGGAUUUCGUCGCAGAAACAAGCAAAAGGAAUCCUUCGAAAAUAACAACAUGGAAAACACAAACCAAGAAAAUGAUGACGAGCUCUACGUAGGAAACGAAAACACAAAUUACGAUAAUAAUAAUAAUUAUUAUGCACAAAAUAACAAUGAAAACAACGAAAAUAACAAUAACGAGGAGAAUUACGGAAACAACGACGACCAAAUGUUGGAAGGUGAGUUUACCGAAAAUCCCUUAAACUUAGAAAACGAGGAGUUUGAUUACAAUGGAAACGGUAAUGAAACUGGCGAUAAUGAGGAUUCUGAGACCCUCAACGAACUUUUGGAUAAGAUGGAAAACGAAGAUGUUGACUUGGAAAACAUCAAGAACUUAACAUUGACAAUGGACAAUAACUCAGAACUCAAAAACCUACAGUCAUUCGUUUCUAAUAAGCUGACUGAAUUACUGAAAAAGACAAGUUUGGGAGAAAAAUGCAUCAACUCCUUGGCACCUCUCUGCACAGGCCCUGAAUCUGGGCCCUUGGAUAAGCUCCUCAGUCUCGGAAAUGGAUGCUUACAUAAUAACCAAAACCCACUCAACAACGAGGAGUUUCAGGUACCAGAGAAAGAGGAAUAUAGAGAUCCACCUACCUUACCAUCUGGCAUCAAGUUUGUUGACGACUUUAACAAGCUACUCGACAGUUGGGCUGAUCAACCAUCGCAGGGCAACAAUUACACUGCCAACUUGUUCAAGAUUUUCAACUUAUCUGCACUCUUGAAACACUUGGGAGACCCACGAUACGUUGAAAUUUUAAACAAGUUAGGAGUUAACAAUCUGCUCAACUACCCAGAUAACAACAAGAAAUGGGACCAAAUUCUUCUCAACUGUGAAAACUCAGAUAAUGGCAACAUGGAGUACGUUAAACACCCAUUACCUGACCUACCAAAUCCCAAAGCUAUCUCAAAUUGUAAUACAAAGUUGGUUGAUUUACCAGAACUUGACAACAACAACGUUGAUGAACACGCCUUCAAACUCUACUGGGCAUAUACCAACACUUGGCUCAACAAGAUGUUUGGACCAUCAUUGCGCAACUCACACAAAUUCGUACAACCUACUAAAAAUUGGUACAUGAACAUGGAACGGGCAUCCCAGUUAUUCUUUUUAAGACUCUCAAAGACGCUUUGCUCUACUUAA